GGCGCCUGCGCCAAGGGGGCUCCCGUCAGAAGGCGCGUUCCCGCGCGCUCCCUCUCGCGUCUGCGCGCGCGUGCCCGGUGGGCGUGGGAGGAGGCGGGGAACGCGGGAGGGGGCGGGUGUCGCGGGAGGGAGAGAGCGAACCGGAGAGCGUCGUCCUGAGAAGAGUGAAGGCGGCAAAAUGGCGGACCGCUUCUCCCGCUUCAACGAGGAUCGAGACUUUCAGGGUAAUCACUUUGAUCAAUAUGAAGAAGGACACUUAGAAAUUGAACAAGCGUCCCUCGACAAGCCUAUAGAAUCGCCCAGUUUUUAAAGCCAGGAUAAUAUUGGACACCGGUUACUCCAGAAACAUGGGUGGAAGCUGGGCCAGGGAUUGGGAAAAUCUCUUCAGGGGAGAACAGAUCCCAUUCCAAUUGUUGUCAAGUAUGAUGUCAUGGGCAUGGGUCGCAUGGAAAUGGAGCUUGAUUAUGCUGAAGAUGCUACCGAACGACGACGUGUCCUAGAAGUAGAAAAAGAAGAUACGGAAGAGUUGAGACAAAAGUACAAGGAUUAUGUUGAUAAAGAAAAGGCAAUUGCCAAAGCGUUGGAAGACCUCAGAGCCAACUUUUAUUGUGAACUCUGUGAUAAACAGUACCAGAAGCAUCAGGAAUUUGAUAAUCAUAUCAACUCCUAUGAUCAUGCACACAAGCAGAGAUUAAAAGAUCUCAAGCAGAGGGAGUUUGCCCGAAAUGUUUCUUCAAGAUCUCGCAAAGAUGAAAAGAAACAAGAAAAAGCCCUUCGGCGGCUCCAUGAGUUGGCAGAGCAGAGAAAACAAGCUGAAUGUGCACCUGGAAGUGGUCCCAUGUUCAGACCAACCACAGUGGCAGUAGAUGAAGAAGGUGGAGAUGAGGAUAAGGAUGAAUCAACUACAAACAGUGGCACAGGUGCCACUACCACUUGUGGCCUUGGAUCUGAAUUCUCAACAGAUAAAGGAGGCCCCUUCACUGCAGUACAAAUCACUAACACUACUGGACCGGCACAGGCUUCUGGGUUAGCCUCCCAAGGCAUCAGCUUUGGCAUUAAGAAUAAUCUGGGGACCCCACUGCAAAAAUUGGGAGUAUCAUUUUCCUUUGCCAAGAAGGCUCCUGUCAAACUUGAGUCAAUAGCAUCAGUUUUCAAAGAUCAUGCAGAGGAGGGGACCUCUGAAGAUGGAACCAAACCUGAUGACAAAAGUUCUGAACAAGGACUGCAGAAGGUGGGAGAUGGCGAUGGUAGUGGUAAUCUUGAUGGUAAAAAAGAAGAUGAAGAGCCUCAGGAUGGAGGAUCCCUUGCCUCAACAUUAUCUAAGUUAAAAAGGAUGAAGCGAGAAGAAGCAACUGGAGUUACAGAGCCAGAGUAUUACCACUACAUCCCCCCAGCACAUUGUAAAGUAAAACCUAAUUUCCCCUUUUUACUUUUUAUGAGAGCCAGUGAACAAAUGGAAGGUGAUAAUUGUGCACAUACUAAGAAUGCCCCAGAGAGCAAAAAAAGCAGUUCUCCUAAGCCUAAAGGCUGUGCUAAGGCGGAAGCAAGCCAAGGAGCAGAAAAGACAGUUAGUGAAGUUUCUGAGCAGCAGAAGGAAAACACUGUGUCUGAGCCCUCAGAACCUGGAAGCAAAACUGAGAUAAAGAAGGCCUCGGGAAGGGAUGUAACUGAGCCCAGUUUAGAAAGUCAGUGUCAGAAGACUUCAGAAAUCCAAAUGUGUGAGUCUCAUCUUUCUAAAGAAACCUCUCAGCCCACCCCAGCAGGAAAAGCAAACCAGGAAGGUCCCAAACAUCCUACUGGCCCUUUCUUCCCAGUUUUGAGCAAAGAUGAGAGCACUGCCCUCCAGUGGCCAUCAGAACUCUUAGUUUUCACCAAGGCGGAGCCCUCCAUUUCGUACAGUUGUAACCCUUUAUACUUUGACUUUAAACUUUCAAGGAACAAGGAUGCCAGAGCUAAAGGGACAGAAAAACCAAAAGAUAAAGGAAGUUCCUCAAAGGAUUAUCUCCUUGAUCAUAGUGAGCCUAAUAAGAGCCACGAAGAGGAAGAGAAUGUACUACAUUCCUCAGAAGGCAGAAUGGAUGCACCCCCUUCAGUGUCUGCCUGUAACAAGCAAGAGGCUGGAGGUAGUCAUGGGUCAGAGACUGAAGACACAGGGCGAAGCCUUCCUAGCAAGAAAGAACGAUCUGGGAAGUCCCACCGACACAAGAAGAAAAAGAAACACAAAAAGUCCAGCAAACACAAACGAAAACACAAGGCUGAUACAGAAGAGAAAAGCUGUAAGGCAGAGUCUGGGGAGAAGUCUAAGAAGCGCAAGAAACGGAAGCGAAAGAAGAAUAAGUCAUCAGCCCCAGCAGAUUCUGAACGAGGACCCAAACCAGAACCCCCUGGGAGUGGCAGUCCUGCACCACCCAGAAGACGACGACGAGCCCAAGAUGACUCCCAGCGAAAAUCCCUCCCUGCUGAAGAAGGGAGCAGUGGCAAGAAGGAAGAAGGUGGAGGUGGUAGCAGUUCCCAAGACCAUGGUGGAAGGAAACACAAAGGUGAACCUCCGAUUUCAUCCUGUCAACGAAGGGCUGGCACCAAACAGAAUAGCCGGUCUAGCCAUCGGAGCCGACCCAGUAGUGGAGAGGAGGAUAGUGAUGAUGCUUCAUCACGUCGGCUCCACCAGAAGUCUCCAUCCCAGUACAGUGAAGAGGAGGAGGAGGAAGAAGAAGAGGAGGAGGAGGAAGACACUGGCAGUGAGCAUUCCCGAAGCCGCUCCCGGUCUGGCCGGCGCCAUUCCUCACAUCGCUCUUCCCGGCGUUCUUACUCAAGUAGCUCAGAUGGUUCUUCAGACCAAAGCUGCUACAGUAGAAAGCAUAGUUACUCUGAUGACAGCUACAGUGACUAUAGUGACCGAUCAAGAAGGCACUCUAAGCGCUCACAUGACUCAGAUGACUCAGACUAUGCCAGCUCCAAGCACCGAUCUAAACGACACAAAUACUCAUCAUCUGAUGAUGACUAUAGCCUCAGUUGCAGCCAGUCCCGAAGCCGAUCUCGGAGUCAUACCAGGGAGCGCUCAAGAUCCCGAGGCCGGAGCCGAAGCAGCAGUUGUAGUCGCAGUCGGAGCAAGAGGAGAAGCCGUAGUACCACAGCUCACAGCUGGCAGCGAAGCAGGAGCUAUAGCCGUGAUCGCAGCCGCAGCACCAGGAGUCCUUCCCAGAGAUCAGGCUCUAGGAAGGGAUCAUGGGGUCAUGAGAGCCCUGAGGAGAGGCGUUCUGGCCGUCGAGAUUUUAUUCGUUCAAAGAUCUAUCGCUCUCAGUCCCCACACUAUUUUCGAGCAGGCCGAGGAGAAGGUCCUGGGAAGAAAAAUGAUGGCAGAGAUGACUGUAAGGAGAUAGGCCCACCCUCCCAGAACAGCAGCACUGGCACAGGGAGGGGGUCAGAAAGUGACUGUAGCCCUGAAGACAAGAACUCUGUUACUGCUAGACUGCUACUAGAGAAAAUCCAGGCCAGAAAAGUGGAGAGGAAACCCAGUAUGAGUGAAGAGGUGCUGGUCACCCCUAAUAAAGCUGGGCUUAAGCUCAAGGACCCUCCCCAAGGUUAUUUUGGGCCCAAGCUGCCUCCCUCUCUUGGCAAUAAGCCUGUGCUUCCACUGAUAGGGAAGCUCCCAGCUACCCGAAAGCCCAACAACAAAAAAUGUGAAGAGUCUGGCCUGGAAAGGGGGGAAGAGCAAGAACAGUCAGAGACAGAAGAAGGGCCCCCAGGGAGUAGUGAUGCCCCAUUUGGGCACCAGUUCCCUUCAGAGGAAACAGCUGGCCCCUUAUCAGAUCCACCCCCAGAAGAUCCAAAGUCUGAAGAAGCUACUGCUGAUCACUCUGUGGCUCCACUAGGUACCCCGGCACAUACUGACUGCUACCCUGGGGAUCCAACCAUCUCCCAUAACUACCUCCCUGACCCCAGUGAUGGGGACACCCUAGAAUCCCUGGAUAGCAGCAGUCACCCAGGCCCUGUGGAGUCCAGCUUGCUUCCUAUAGCACCAGAUCUCGAGCACUUCCCUGGUUAUGCGCCUCCUAGUGGGGAACCUAGUAUUGAAUCAACAGAUGGGGCUGAGGAUGCUUCACUGGCUCCCCUGGAGAGUCAACCCAUUACCUUCACCCCUGAGGAGAUGGAGAAGUAUAGCAAGCUCCAGCAGGCCGCGCAGCAACACAUCCAGCAGCAGCUUCUGGCCAAGCAAGUAAAGGCCUUUCCAGCUUCAGCAGCCCUAGCCCCAGCCACACCAGCCCUGCAGCCCAUCCACAUUCAGCAGCCAGCCACAGCCUCUGCCACCUCCAUCACAACUGUUCAGCAUGCUAUCCUACAACAUCAUGCUGCAGCUGCUGCUGCUGCCAUUGGCAUUCACCCCCAUCCUCAUCCCCAGCCUCUUGCACAAGUGCAUCAUAUUCCCCAGCCCCAUCUAACUCCCAUUUCUUUGUCCCACCUCACUCAUUCUAUCAUACCUGGCCACCCUGCCACCUUCCUUGCCAGCCAUCCCAUCCACAUCAUUCCUGCUUCAGCCAUCCAUCCUGGGCCUUUCACUUUCCACCCUGUCCCACAUGCUGCCCUUUACCCUACCCUUCUUGCUCCACGGCCUGCUGCAGCAGCUGCCACUGCCCUUCACCUUCACCCAUUACUUCACCCCAUCUUCUCAGGUCAGGACCUGCAGCACCCCCCCAGCCAUGGCACAUGAGUUGGGGGAUGGAACCUAGAUAGGGUCAGGGAAGAUAAUCCAUAAGUCUUUCCUUGGGGUGUUGAGCCUUUAAUACCAGCAAGUAAAAGCUGGGAUGGGCAGUGUCUGACAGCCAAAGAAUUGUGUUUUGGCUUACAGAAAUGGUUUUUUGAGGUUUGCUUUGGGUUUACUAUCAGGGAUUUUCCCCCCCUCUAUUUGUCUUUCCUGUCCUGUGUUCCUAAGCUAGGAGAACACCAGUAAGUGCUAUCCACCCCUCUGCAGCAACAUCUCCAAACGGUCAAAUUUAGAUAGUUCCUCUCUUCUUCUACUUUUUGACCUCUGCUCUUCCCAUCUAUAAAUUUAAACAUUUUCCUCCUCUCUGGCCUAAUUGUCACCAAAGCAUUUGCCAUGGACCCCGUCUGGUCCUGCCUUCUCAGUGCCACAUGGAAGCCCAAGCUCUCUUUCCAGUGGCGAAACUCCACCGCUUUUGGGCAGUGUCCUUGACCAUCCCUUGGUGACAUGCUAUCCUAGGUGAGGUAGAAAGGGAGUCUUGACCUGGAACCAGAGCAACUCAGGCUGCAAUUUGUCCAUUUCCCAUAGAAACAGAGUCACACAUUUGGUACUGUUGUCCUCAAGAUCCCUCAUCCCAGAAGAGACACCUGCAUAUAUCCCAGAAAAGAAGAUCCUAUCAUGAAUAGAAGCUAUGUGGAACAUAGUCUCCCAUGUGCUUCCCCAGAGAGGAGCUCAUGUGUCUGAAGGGUAUAUUUUCUUCUGUUGUGUUAUGUUUCCUUCUUAAUUUAUAGGAUUUUUUAAUGUAAAAAUUGCACUGAACUCUAUAAACAUAAAUGCUGCUUUUUGUAGCUCAUAAUAAAAAGGUUCCAUAUUUGUAGUAUACUGCAAUAAUAUUUUUUACAUCCAGCUCUUUAAGUGAUCCUUGUUCUGGUGGCUUUGUGUAAAUAUGUUUGCCCUAGUUGAAUUAAGAAACUUUAAAGGUUAUAAAAUGAAAACAAAAAAAAUAAAAGUAUUUGUUUUCUGCUAGAUGCAAAAAUGACUUCGCAUGUAUAUUUUAUCAAGCUCAUGUAUUUUUUGAAGUUAUGAACUAUAAAAAUGGUUUUUAAAAACUUUUUUUUUUCCUCUGGGACAAAAUGUUAAGUAAUUUGCAGUAAUUAGUGCCCCAGCACUGGGAUUUUUGAGAAAAUGGGCAGCAGUCUGCUGCAGGUGUCAGAGGAAUGCUCAGUUGUGACCAUCUCCCUUGCAUGCUUUGUUGUUUUAUAUAGAGAAACAAGUAAAUUCCACAAAGGAGGGAGAGAUUCAACAUCUUUAUUCUCUGGAAGCAGUAAGAUUCAGUGAUUGUCUGCAGGGGAGAUCCCCAGGUUCCCUGGGUACUUUGUUCCAGGCAUUGAUUUGCCUUCCUAGUAUUCAGUCCCCUCUGACAAUUUUUUUUAAUGUGCCUUUUGGGUCAGCUAGAAACUGAAGUAGAAGUAGACCAGAGGAAAAUAGAGUUGGUACAGUUUUUUCCUCCUCCUGUUGGGAGGUGAGCAUAUUUAUAGAUACUUCAAAUUCUCUUGUUUCAUUGGUCCAUGCUAUCUAUCCAGUUCAGUUUCAGCAGUAGAGGUUCCUUUUUCCUUGCAUGACACUGACCAGAGAAAUUACCACCCCCAGCCCCUCUUCCUCCUGUUCAUCUUUCACCCAGGCUCUCUGCCCUAGUUAACAUACUGACCCAAAGGUGCUGUAUUGCAGGACCCAUCUCUUUCUUGUAGUUAGUGGUUUCGUCUUUGGCACAUGCCUACCUGUUCUUAUGGCUAAAAUUGGUUGUCAACUGACAGGAAACUCCAUUACUAAGCUGAGCCAAGGUUUUGUUUUCAUGCCUUCUCAAAUUUCCAAAAGAAAAAAGGGUUGAGUUCAUGAGAAGCAAGUUCUGGAAAAACUCUUGGCUAAGUCCCCCUCUUAACCUGUUCAGUGCUCGUCUGACUAGAAGUAAUGACUAGCACUGGAAAAAUGAAAUCAUCUGUAUAAAGUGAAGGGAUUCCUUUUUUUUUGCUUUCAGCCCAUGUAAAUAUUAAAAGAACACAGUAUUAACAUUUUUGUGCUGCUUCCCAUUAGCUUGUAGAUUGAGCCAUACUCUCGCUGCCUCUCUGCCUUCCCGGGGGGCAGUUUUCUUCAACUUCCAAAACAGUAAUUUUAAAACUUAGGAAAAAAAAAAACAAAACAAAAAACAAGAUAACCUAUCCUUACUUACAAGCAUAACAGAUUGUAUUUAACUUUAUCACGUAUGAUAGAGAUAUAUAUGCUGUAAAAUGAGGGAAAGGAACUUUCUAAUAAACCAAUGAUUUGUGGAAACUUA